AUGAAAUUACCAUAUCAAGUGCUAUUCAGAUGUGCUCAAACAUCUGGUCGUAUUAUACUUAGGAGUCAAAUACCCAACGCCAGAAAUGGAAUAGUGUACACUACAAGAUUUAACAGUUCCAAUCCGAGCAGCAAUAAGGAGAAGCUUCCAGAUAUGGAUGAUCUUGAAUUCAUACAAGAGAGAAAAGAAGUGCAUAAGCAUUUAAUCAACGAGAAGGAAGAUAUGGGUCCUAUGUUGGAUGAUUUGGAUGAAGCAUGGGAUACGACCAUAAUAAAAAAUAACAAGAAUAACGACGACUUGGAUAUAUUAGAAUCAAUGUUGAAGAAUUCCUUGAACAAGAAUGGUCUGGACAAUGAUGCGAAUGUGUCGUCAUCGUCCCAACAAGCUAAUGCACCAGGGGAACCUCAAGAUACUAUCGAUUCCCAAUGGAGUUUCCUUCAUGACGUGAUGGCCAAACCAGAAGAGUCUAAAGAUGUGUCUAACAACAAUACUGAAACCCCUGGCAGUUGGCCAAAAUGGUCCGAUGAAAAUGAAUUUUCCGACAAAGCUGGAAAAGAAGCUUCUAGUCUUCAUGAAAAUAAUCAUUAUCGAAGCCGUAAUGAUUCUGAAGUUGAUGAAGAAACAAGUGGUUAUUCUGCUGUUGACACAAUCACGGAUCGUGAGGGAAAUAAAUUUGACCCCGCAAAAAGUGAUAAAAUUCUUUCACAAUUGAGAGAUCGAUUAGACAUCACCACUAGGGAUUCUGUCAAGGCGGAGAAAGAUUUGACUUCGUUUAUUGAUACGGUUUGGAAAAGGUCUACUUGGUUUAACAUGUCACCUUCUCAUCAACAGGAUCCAACAAAAUUUACACCGGAGAGAUUUAGGAAUGAUUUCCAUCGAGAAGUUAAAGAAGCAUUGAAACCUUCGUUUGAAGCUAUUGAUGCGUUAAAAUCGCCACAAGAAGUUUAUGGGUUUAUCACUAGAUAUCUUUCUGGUUUAAGUGAAAUAAUAAAAACCGCCAAGGCAAAGGAGCAACACAAAAGAGUAACUUUAAAUGAUUUGCACAAGGAAACUGGUUGGACAGACUCUAACAAGGAUGUAAUCAAGGAUAUUGCUGAAUCAUCUGAAAAAUGUCCAGAGGCUCCAAUUGGUAAUGCCGUGACUUCACGUUUCCUUCUUAAUUAUGUAUUGAAAACAUUGACAUUCAAAUUUAAUAAUCCGGCAUUGUCCUUAAGUAUAGUUAGGAUGAUGAAGAAGGAUGCCGACUUAUACAUUUUGUCAUGUAAUCAAGAAACCUUCAAUGAAGUUCUUCGUGCCACUUGGUUGUAUUACGGAUAUGUGGAUUUAUAUGAAUUUGAAAAAGCAUUUGUUGAAAUGAGAUUACUUGGACAUAGAGGAAAUAGGGAGACAUGCGAUAUACUUGGUGUUGUUGUCAAUGAAUUACAGAACUUGAGCGAUGGUGUCCUGCCGAUAAACAAGUAUACCAGAAUACGUACUGUUAAUAGUGCUAAACGUCUUGCAUUCUUCAGAGGUUUUUAUGAAGAUUUGCAUUUUCGUGUAACAUCACAAAGAAUCAACCCGGAGCUAUUUUAA